AUGGAGAACUUCAAAGAACUUACCCUUCAAGAUGCCGAAAAGGCUUUAUCGCACGAGCUAGAGCUUCUUACAUCAGACAUCCCAGACACUCUUGAAAGUGAGAAGAAGCGAUUUGCGCAGCAGAUGCAAUCGUUUCAAAAUCUUUUUAAGCGGUUUAUCGAAACAGCAAAGGAUUGCGACUGGGAAAAAAUUGAUUUGUUGCCGGAUGAUUACCUUAAAUCAUACAGAAUGUUACCGAAAGUUACCAAUCCUGCUAUUAUAAAGGAACAACUUAAUAAGCUUGUUGUCAUCAAGCUCAAUGGUGGUUUGGGUACAAGUAUGGGUUGUACUGGUCCAAAAUCACUCAUCUCUGUCAGAAAUGAGUUGACGUUCCUGGAUUUAACCAUUCAACAAAUUGAGAAUCUCAACAAAUCUUUCGGCUGCAGUAUUCCUCUUGUAUUGAUGAAUUCCUUUAACACCCAAGAAGAGACCGCUAAGGUUUUACGGAAGUACCAAAAAGUUAACGUUGAAAUUGAGACAUUUGUCCAAAGCAUGUAUCCUCGUUUGAAUCGAGAGUCCUUAUUGCCCAUUGUGAAGCACGUCGACCCAGCUCUGUUGGUGGGAUCGAAGACGUCGGAGAAUUACGAUCACCCACCCGUCGACCUUUCCGGUUGGUAUCCUCCAGGCCACGGUGAUGUCUAUCGCCGCUUCUGCGGGUCUGGAUUAGCCGAGAAGAUGCGCAAGGCAGGAAAAGAAUGGAUAUUUAUUUCCAACAUUGAUAAUCUCGGUGCCUGCGUUGAUUUAAAUAUCCUAAAUUUUCUCACUUCGGAUCCAAAGUCAGCACCCGGUUUUGUGAUGGAGGUGACCGACAAAACAAGAGCCGAUGUCAAAGGUGGUACACUGGUAGGAUACGAAGGACGUUUGCGACUUCUUGAAAUUGCACAGGUCCCUCCAGAACAUGUCGACGAGUUCACUAGCGUGCGCAAGUUUCGCAUCUUCAAUACGAACAACUUGUGGGCCAAAUUGAGCGAGGUAGAGGAGUUAGUGAAAAACGAUCAAAUGACCAUGGAAGUGAUUCGAAAUCCCAAAACCCUUGACUCCGGCCUCAAUAUUAUCCAGCUUGAGGAGGCUGCUGGUGCUGCCAUCCGCAACUUCAAGGGUGCUAUUGGUAUCAACGUGCCCCGUAGCCGUUUCCUUCCUGUCAAGACGACAUCGGAUCUGUUACUUCUCAUGUCCAACCUCUACAGUCUUGACAACGGUACCAUUAUGAUGUCACCCAAGCGUUCAUUCCCAACUGUGCCAUUGGUGAAGUUAGGAGAUGAAUUCAAGAAAGUCAAGGACUUCUUGUCGCGCUUUGCAAACAUCCCUGACCUGUUGGAGUUGGACCACCUGACAAUCGCUGGUAACGUAUACAUUGGCCAAGACGUCUCUCUUAAGGGGACGGUCAUUAUUAUUGCAAAUCAUGGGGAGAAGAUAUGCAUCCCUAAAGGUUCUCAAUUGGAAAACAAAAUUGUCUCUGGUAACCUGCACAUCUUGGAUCACUAA